UGGAAUAAUGAAAAUCUUGCAAUGAAAGUACCAACAGCUAUGGCUGAUACGCAAGAAAAUUGUCGCAAAUGCGCUUUCUGUGAGAGGCGCUUCGAUAAAUUAGAACAUCUCAAACGGCAUCAACGAUCCCACACUGGUGAAAAGCCCUUUAAAUGCCCAAACUGCAAUCAACAGUAUGCCCGAAGUGAUGUUUUAGCUAGACAUAUGCAGAAUCAUCCAAAAAGAAUAUACAGGAGAAAAGGAACCAAAGGUACCCCUCGUGUCCGGACGGAUGAAACAAUCCCCAAGAAUCGCGCAACGCAAGAAUCAACAACAUCAACAUCAGCUGGUUUGCUCCGAUCGGAGGAGUCGGAUUCGCACCAAAUCAUAAUGAUGCCGUCAACUACUGCAAACGACGUCCCCAUGGAGUCCCCCGAUCCGACAAUUAGAAGUCGUUCAACGCGUCAAAAUAACCAAUCCGCCAUCUCGAAUAGUCAUCUCGAACACCCAAGGGAUUCACCCAUCCAGGCGAUCCCACUCGAUAUCUCGGCCUGGAAUGGGAGUUCCACGACGACUCAGCCCAGCGUCCCCCCUCCACUCGUGCAGGUAACUGAUAGCCCCAGUACGGAUCAACUUUCUGCUCACAAUUCUUCAUCCUCGUUCCAACCGACCCUGAGUGGCCCAUGGGUAUUAGACUCGUGGCUGCUGCCGACCCCAACUUAUAGCCAACCUCACUUGAGCGAGGGCAAUUUUGAAUCCGAAUCCAACGGAAACAUCUCUUUCGAUCUGCUGAAUUCUUCUUCUCUCCAGUAUUCAGAGAACUAUCUGCGGGGAGAUUCGGACUGCCGUUCUCGACCGCUCAUAGCCGAGUCCGAGUCAUUAAAGCGCAUCGAGAAGAUGUGGUUCGGCAAAGCAACCACAGUGACGCAGCGACUCGCCCAUAGCCUAUGGGAUGUGGUCGCGGAGCACCAGGCCGACAAUAUCUUCUCAGAAGUGGCGGUACAUCCCUUCUUCCCGGUCACUACCUCUAUGCGGGGUCCCAGUGCAAGUCACACCAAAUGGAAAAUUCACCCCGAAUGUCAGGAGAAAUUAGUGGCAUUUUAUAAUCAAACGCACGCCACAUUAGGGGCUCCUCUGUUUUCUGGACCGGAUGCCUCGUUAUCACCGUCGUGUGCUGGUCAUUUACCGCUCCCUCCCGUAGAAAUCCUCGAACUCAGCCUGGAGUUCUUCUUCCGACAUGUCUACCCUUCACUUCCGUUCAUACAUAGGCCUACCUUUGAUGUGUCACAAACGUCGCCGAGUUUACUUCUACCGAUGAUCUUGAUUGGAUACUCAAUCCUCGAUCCUCGGGGUUCCCGGGUGUUAGUUUUACACUGUCGUAUCGCCCUUCUUGAGAAAUGUCGACAAGAUUUAGCUACCAAAGCUCGGGGAGGGUUUACGCCAGCCGGAUUUGUUCGUUCGGUUGCUUCUUCCAUGCUAGUUUUGUAUCUUAACCUUGAUAAAGAAAACAAUGACGAAGGCGCCGCUUUGAUGCUCUGUUCGCAAACCUUACAUAUCGCCGAGAGACAGGGAUUAUAUGAGAACCAGAGUAGCAGGGAUCAAAUUGCUUCAAUACUUUCCAAAACUUCGAACAAUGAAGAAUUUUGGAAGAUCUGGGCAAGGGUCGAAUCAGUGAAACGCUUAAUAUUAUGUCUCGUGCGAAUAGAUGCGGCGUAUGCCCGCUUACUAGGAACCGGGGGAGUCAUCGACCCGAACCAAGUCAACGUCAUGCUUCAUUUCAGCAAUAUUCUCUUCGAUUCGCCAACCGCCUCCAGCUUCUCUGACGAUAUGCAGAAGACGAUGGCCAUAGAUACGCCUCUUAUUCACAUACGAUAUAUCUCUGAAUCACUACCACCGUCAUCGAUGAUGAAUGGCUUCCUGCUACAAACGAUUUUAGAUCACCUGUAUCUCCCAAUCGGAACCGCUCAGUUGAAAAUCCUUCCUACCGCUGAUGAAAACACGCUUGAAAAUUGUAGUUUUGCGCCCGUCAAUGUAUAUAAUCAGGCGCUUGAUGCGAUGGAUAUUAGCAACCACCUCAUUGCGAUAUCGGACAGUUAUUCUAACAUGCUUCGACCGAUGGGAGACCCGGUUGCCGCUUUAUCAUGGAAUUUCAAUUGUAUGGUCAUCACCGCCCCAAUAGAGCAGUUGGAGCUGUCAGUAGGCCGAAAGGGUUCUGCCGAUGCCCCGAAAGCUUACACUGCUAUUCGGACAUGGUCGAAUUCCCCCGCUGCCCGCCGGGCGGUUCUCCAUGCAGCGCAGAUCUAUUGGAUUUUCUCGUCGAAUGCGUCUGGAGCAUUCUCCCUGGCAGAAAGGACGUUGCUCCGCAUCGAACAUGCCAUUUUCAGUGCUGGACUGGUUCUCGGAUUAUAUGUUUCAUCUGUGAGUGGAACGUCAUCAUUGUCACCAGCAUCGUCGAACAUGGACGGCCAAUUGUCCAAUGCAUUCGAACUCUUACAAGAACUGGACUGGAAGGUUAUUAAAGGAACCGGCCUUGUACCUGCACAGCUCCUAUCUUUUAAUGGCAAGGUCCAAUUGCAAGGAGAGAAUAUGGCUCGAAAAGUACUCUUAGAGUAUGCGUAUCUUUUAGAUCAGCUUGACGGACAGGGAGAGGUGGGUUCGGAGUACGCCAAUUUGGCUCGAAUAAUUAGCGAUGUUCUGUAAUUGUAACUAGAACUGUUGUGGCGGGUCACUGAUCAGCCUGCCAUAUAUAUUAUUUACUGUAUAUAGUAGCUACAACCUGUAAAUUUAGAAUUGAUCAGUAAUAGCAGCAAUCAGUUC